AUGCCGCGAUUUGGAGCCGGCUUUGCCCGGUUCAUUCCGAUGAUCGGAUACCACCACGUGCUGAUGCUUAUUAUCGCUGUUGUCAUUAUUCUUCUCUCAUUGUUGUUGGCGGGGUGCUCGUCAUCAUCGCCGCAAAUACCUACCAUCUUCCUCAUCUCGAUGUACUAUGAGCAUUAUGACCCGGUUUUUGAUCUUGCUCAAGUCCAACCAAAGACCGUUUCAGCCGUAGCAAACAUCGUGCAAGGGGCUCAGCUGGAGGUUCGCGUGGGAUAUUUCGGAAUUUGUGUCCAACCUGACGGUGGAUCCUACAUCUGCAAUAACAAUGCGACCGCAUUAGCAGAGAUUCUUACAAUAGACCAAGAUCCGCUAAACCUCGUCUGGGUUGCAUCAACGUUCAAGGAUGCCGUUGUUUUCCCAUACCUGAUCAUCAUUGCCGUCAUUCUCGCUUUCUUCUGUUUCAUUGUUCUCGCAACUUUCCCCGGAUGGCACGAGGAGACUGACCCUACCGGGUCUGAAGUUGAAGUGAAACCGUUCCCUUCUCGCCCUGUAUCACAGGUAGCCCUGGCUUUGAUAUUCGUUGCGGCCGUCUUUGUGCUAGUGUCCGUACUAUGGCAGCAUACAGCAUCUGUCGGUGCAAGCACAAUAGCUCAAGACCUCGGAAAUGGAAGCGUCAAGAGCGGUGUCGGGACUUCAGCAAUGGUCCUGGGUUGGUUUGGAUUUGCUUUGAUGGUGAUUGUGACGAUAGGAUUGCUAGUCAUGAUCCUAAACCUGCGACUAUUAAGGCAGUUGACCGAUGACGAGCCUUGA